CAACUUGUUCUUCCAACUCAAGCACAAGUUGCACGUGAAGGUGGUGGUCAGCUCGAGCAGAGUCCAGGUUUGACAUCGAUGGUUCUGUCUGCCACACUACGCAUAGGCAGUCGCUUGAGUCCCAGGGUCUCUGGUGCAAGAAUAUGGCUGCAAGUGCCUCAAAGCCAAACACGUUCUUUAGUUUUGCAGCACUCAAAAUUUGUGCCGAGGGUGCUCUCUUACCAACGUAUACCGCAUAGUCGUAAUUUUUGGUGGUCAAAAUCGGCAAUACCUGAGCAGCAGGUAGCAUCGGCAGUGGAGUCAGCACCAGAUUCCAGUAUCAACACCAUCUCUACUGUUGUGGACACGGAACCAGCAACAGCAGUCGAUACGGCGACACUAGACUCUGCUCCCAUACCAGGAACUACCUCGCAGGAUAGUUUAACAAGCGUUGCUAACAGCGAUGCGGGUAUCGAUAUUUCUGCGGUUGAUACCGUCAUCUCACCUCUUCAAUAUGGAGAUUUAGCAGAACUAGGUCUCACUGGCUGGUCACCGGCUGGGAUCAUACGGUGGUCAUUCGAAAUUCUACAAGUCAGCAGUGGAAUGCCGUGGUUUUACACGAUCAUCGCUGGAACACUUUUCUGGCGUUUGAUCAUCUUACCUGCCAACGUCAUGAGCCUUCGCAACUCGUCACGUUUGCUUCCCUAUACCGAUCAACUGCAGGCCGUGACGACAGAAUGGAAACAGAUCAACACUGGUGACCGCCUUGCAUUGCAACGUAUAUCCCUAAAGAGACAGAAAAUUUACGAAAAAGCGGGGGCGCGGGUGCUUCCCUCCAUUAUCAUGCCUUUUGUUCAAAUCCCGGUCACGUUGGGUUUGUUCUUUGCUGUCAGGAAGAUGACCCUGCUUCCUGUCGAGCAGCUCAAGCAGAGCGGCGUCUUUUUUCUACCUGACUUGACUAUGGCAGACCCAUACUACAUCCUGCCAAUCUUGUCUACUGUUGCCAUUAACAUCCAAAUGUCGGUGAUGAAGGGAGACGUUAAUUUCGCUGAGAAACCCGACAUGGCACAUAUCAUGAAUUACAUGCGCAUCUUUUCAUUCCUGAGCGUCCCUCUCAUGGGCUCAUUGCCUAGCGGUUUGUGGUUGUCCAUCCUGACUGGCGUGAUGGUGUCAUGCCUGCAGUCCUUCAUCCUACAACGCGCAACGGUGCGCAGGUGGCUCAAGAUAUCUCCUCGUGUCGAACCAAAGGUCAAGCCACCCACUAUGAUGGAAUCCAUGCAGUACGCGAAAUCGUGGUACAUGGGCAAGAGGAGUGAGAUCACUGCUGCUCGAGCUCAGGCAGCAAAAACUCAGAGGAGAUGAGACAUUCAGUGAGGCAAUAUGCAUAGAGGCUAUUGUAUAUUUAAAUUAAUACACCCGUGCUCUGCUCGUUCU